CUUGUCAGUGUUAGAGCAGAGGACUGGAGACUAAAGACAGAUCUCUCUAGGUAUAACUUGGUGAAAGAGGAAAUUGUUGUCCUCGCCAACACAUAUUCUGCUCGCAUUGUUUUUGUCUGAAACCCAAUAGAUUGGUCUGUAUUACCCAAACGAUAAACUGAUUCUCGACUUCUCUACAGACAGACAUGGAUUUGGACCUGGGAGGGAUAUUUCUAGAGAAUAGCACCUAUAACUACGAUGAGGACUAUGUUUAUAAAGAGGAGUGCUCCCCUGAAGAUGGCGUUGGGGUGUGUUUUGGCACGGUGUUCCUCCCGAUGCUCUACUCCCUGACGCUGGUCCUGGGGCUAGUGGGUAACGUGCUGGUCCUGGUGGUUCUGGUCCAGAGGAGGAGUAGCUGGAGCGUGACGGACACCUUCAUCCUGCACCUGGUCUUGACCGACACCCUGCUGCUGGUCACGCUGCCCCUCUGGGCUGUUCAGGCCACUGGGGAAUGGAGCUUCGGGACCCCCCUCUGCAAGAUCACUGGAGCCAUGUUCACAAUCAACUUUUACUGUAGCAUCUUCCUGCUGGCCUGCAUCAGUCUGGACCGCUACCUGUCCGUGGUCCACGCGGUCCAGAUGUACUCUCGCAGGAAGCCCUGGAUGGUGCAGGCCAGCUGCCUGUCCGUGUGGCUCCUCUCCAUCCUCCUCUCCAUCCCCGACUGGCACUUCCUGGAGUCUGUGAGGGACACCAGACGAGACAAACAGGAGUGUGUCCACAACUACCCGUCUCUCUCCCAGUCUGGGUUUGACUGGCGUCUGGCCUCCCGCCUGCUCUACCACACGGUGGGCUUCCUCCUCCCAUCUGCCGUGCUGCUCUUCUGCUACUCCUGCAUCCUGCUGCGGCUGCAGCGUGGCUCCCAGGGCCUCCAGAAGCAGAGGGCCAUCCGGGUCAUCCUGGUGUUGGUGCUGGUCUUCUUCCUCUGCUGGACGCCCUACAACAUCACCCUAAUGGUGGACACCUUUCAGGGGAGGCCUGGGGAGCCUGUUUCUGGGUCCUGUGAGAACAGGAGGACAGCUCUGGAGAACACUCUGGUGGUUACGUUCGCUCUAGCCUGCCUGCACGCUUGCCUCAACCCAGUGCUCCAUCUCGGCCUGUGUAGAAACUUCCGGCGACACGUGCUGGAUAUGGUGAGGUGUGUUGAGGUGGUGCAGAACGAUCCGAAACUCUCACUAUGGGAUUCAGGUGUGGUUGAAGACUCACCUGACCAAGCAGAGGAGAUGGGGACGUUGAACCCAAUGACAACCAUAGGACAGGUACAGUCCACCCAGAGCUGAUGGGUAGGAAGAGGAUCCUAAUGACUAAUAUAGUAUGUCUUCCUGCCUUGAGGGGAAGUUGUAUGGGUCAUGGGUCUGGGGAUUGGUGGAUGACUGUGACCUGGGUCAUGAGAGAAAGACAUGCAUAGUAGAAAGUCCCUUAUGAGGACUGCUUUCUUUGAAUUGCACUUUAAUGGAAAACGCUCUAAAUGUAUAAAUGUAUAUUUGUAUAAAGUCAGUGGGUUGUCUGAUCUUCACGUUUUGUUUUACCUAUCGAUGUCGUCCGGCUCUGGAGAAUCUGUUGGAAAGAUUCAUGCAUUAGUUAUUCAAACCUAUAUCUAUUGUAUUAUUAUUAUUACAGAGCACUUCACUGAAUGUAAUGGAUUUUAGAGUAAACAACGUUCUCAGCAGACACAUACAUCAUACAUUUAGAUUGUUACACUCCCCUACAUAUUUAUUUGGAAAGUGAAGCUAAAACUUUUUAUGUGGCUCUAUACUGCAGCAUUUUGGAUUUGAAAUC